AAAUAAUAGCUUAGAAAGUUGCAUGAAUAGUGUUUUCCUUUCAGGGAACUAAUUGAAAUUUUGGCAAUUUCAAGAAACCAGAAGCUUCCACAACCAGGAGAAGAGAGCCAGAUCCUGGAGCUGCUGAUUCAGAGAGAUGGAGAGUUUCAAGAGCUAAUGAAGUUGGCAGUUGAUCAGGGGAAAAUCCAUCAUGAAAUGCAGCUUUUAGAAAAGGUAGUAGAAAAGAGAGAUAAUGACAUUCAGCAGCUGCAGAAGCAACUGAAAGAAGCGGAGCACAUACUGGCCACAGCUGUUUAUCAAGCAAAGGAAAAACUGAAAUCAAUUGAAAAGGCAAGGAAAGGUGCCAUUUCAUCCGAAGAAAUAAUUAAAUAUGCCCACAGGAUCAGUGCUAGCAAUGCUGUUUGUGCACCUCUGACGUGGGUACCAGGGGACCCACGCAGGCCAUAUCCUACAGAUCUAGAAAUGAGGAGUGGUCUCCUGGGUCAGAUGAACAACCCAUCCACUAAUGGGGUUAAUGGACACUUACCUGGGGAUGCACUUGCAGCAGGCAGAUUGCCAGAUGUGCUUGCUCCUCAGUAUCCUUGGCAGUCAAGUGACAUGUCAAUGAACAUGCUACCUCCUAAUCAUAGUAAUGACUUCAUGUUGGAGCCCCCGGGACACAAUAAAGAGAAUGAAGAUGAUGUAGAAGUGAUGUCAACAGACUCCUCAAGCAGCAGCAGUGACUCAGACUAGGUACAGGAGGGACGGUAUCCCUAGUAGACCUUUCCUGUGGUGAAGAUGUUCAACUAAAAUGACUGGGAGCUUUCUGCUGGAUGAGAGAUGUCAGAUUUCCUGUGCUGAUGUAAAUGUGUGAAUGUGUAUGUUUGCAGGAGAUGCGUGCAUUUGUGUGUGUGUGUGUGUGUGUAUAUAUAUAUGUAUAGUGUAUAUAUACAUAUGUGUGUGUAUAUAUAUAUAUAUAUAUACACACACUAUCACACACUAUACAUAUUAGAUGACAACGUUCCUGGGACAAAAGGUGUAAGGGGAAUCCCCUUGUAUGUUUGCUAGUAACUUGACUCUUUUGAAAACAGCCUUUUCUAUGGCACAGAAAUAAGGCAUAAAAUUUGUAAUUUUAAUACCUCUUUUGUUACUGCUGAAAUGCAUGUUGUUAAUCACCUAGUGUGUUCUGAGAACAAAACCAUGGCAAUAAGGUGUUUAAAAAAAAAAAGUUUGUAAUUAUUGUAAUAUAUAAUAAACUCACCUUUGAUGCAA